UUGGAUGAAGUGAAUGUCAUCCCACAGUCCGCUAAGGAAAGGGUGAAGAAGUUGGAGGAAGAGUUGUUCCGCAUUAAGAAGGCGUCGGACGACAGUGAGUCCCAAAUGUCCAGAGCCUACAGGAGGCGACUUAUGGAGAGCGAGGCCGGGAGGGAACGCUUGGACCGACUCGAGAGGGACAGAGAGGAACUCACUUUUCCAAUGAGUCGUAAGACCCAAACCAAAGCUCCAGAUCUUCAACACCAAUAUCCACUCAAAUUGAUAUCGAGGUCUACGCAAACUAAUGAGGUCUCAAAUAGCGAUGUGUCCGUCAAUACAGAAAUUGACUUCAGACUAAUGAGUGCACUAUUGGACAAGUUAUUAACCGUGAAGACAUCGGUCGCCGUUCAGACCGAUUGGAAGAGUGAUGUGAUUGAGACGAGAGAUGCGUCCGUUUCGACGGAUCGUAUAUUUCGGGAGCGUUUCUCUCCUCUACCCAUCACUCGGUCGAUGUCCGCACAGACAGAGGUCUCGUCACUCAGAUAUAAAGACGAAUCGGUGGCAACUGAUCCACAGAUUACC